UGAGAUCUGAUUGGUUUGUUUACGGAAGCUGUCGCCUAGGCAAGUCAGUGCAGAAAAAACUUCCGUCUUGUCUUGAGGAAAGAAAAUACAGCUCGGCUGAUAUAAGCUUGUCGCUCUGGGGUGUCUUCAGUGUGUGUGAGAGUGAAAUUGAUAGAAAGUGGGUGAGUUUUUUUGUGUUUUGCUUUUUAUCUCUGCUCCUCUUUGGAGGAUGACCAUGGAAGAGAUGAGGAUUGAAACCGAGACAAACUCCAUGGUCUCCAUGACGCUAUACGCUGUGAUGUACCCAGUCUUUAAUGAGCUGGAGAGAAUCAACUUGUCAGCAGCCCAGACUCUGAGAGCAGCCUUCGUCAAGGCGGAGAGGGAGAACCCAGGCCUAACUCAGGACAUCAUAAUGAAAAUUCUAGAGAAGAAAAAUGUUCAAAUCAACUAUACCGAAUCUCUACUGCGCAUGGCGGCGGAUGAUGUUGAAGAGUUCUUAGUAGACAGACCAGAGCAGGAGUUCCAGGAUCUCAACGAUAAAGCUAGAGCUCUGAAAAACAUCCUCAGCAAGAUACCCGAUGAGAUCAAUGACAGGGUCCGCUUCCUACAGACAAUUAAGGACAUAGCCAGUGCUAUAAAGGAACUCCUGGAUACAGUCAAUAAUGUCUUUAAAAAAUACCAAUAUCAGAACCGUAGGGCUCUUGAGCACCAGAAGAAGGAGUUUGUCAAAUACUCUAAAAGCUUCAGUGACACCCUUAAGACAUACUUCAAAGAUGGAAAGGCAAUCAAUGUGUUCAUCAGUGCGAACCGACUGAUCCACCAAACCAACCUCAUUCUACAGACCUUCAAGACUGUCAUCUAGGGUUGCCUUGAUGACGACAUCCCCUCUUCCAACGACUCAACAGAAACAAUGGCAGAUGAUCAUAGAGCACUGUUUACCAGAUAGAAAUGUAUCAUAGAGGCUUGAUUUUAUCGGACAGUUUUAAUUUAUACGUCUGACGUUUGUUCAACAAAGCUGAUAUUAGCAGUGAACUGUCAGGUUUCUAUGUUUUCAUACUAGCUAACAUCACUGAACUAUAAAUGCUGAAAAGCUUUUUAGUUUUUAACUGCUGUCUAAUUGAUUCAGCAUAUAUAGGUAACCUUUUUGCACAGUCUUUAUGAACGCACACGUGUUCUUGUUAGAAGUAGAGAUGAGUUUUCUGAUUGUUUGGCAUUUUUUAUAUCUUAUGCUUUUCAUUAGCCUCAAGGCUGAAGUUGCCCCUAACCACAAAUUCUGGAAGAGAUUACCAUUCCCAAAUCCUAACUUUGAAAAAUUAUUCCUGGAAUGGAGAAUAUCCCGCCUGCUGUGAAUCUCAAUAGUCUCCUGUCUGUCUGUUUAUUAUGAAAAAAGUUUUCCAGUCUUAACAGACAAGUGACUCACAAAUGAAAGGGGAGGUGCAAGUAGAGUAAACCCUGUUAGAGUAAUGCGCCCCUUGAUUUUGACACUCUGUUAUGAAAAAGAAAGCCAAAAGACUUCAAGCAGAGUUUCUGAAUCCGAGAGAGACUCCUGGACUAUGGAAUAGGGACUAAGACUCGGUUUUGGGGAUUUUAAAACGUUUGCCUUACCACAUCAUGUAACAUUCCCACUGAGUGUUGUGUGUAGCUGCAGUGCCAAUUCAACUGGGGAGAAAGAAGUGUGUGUAGAGGGACAGUCUGUCUCUGAUUUUGAAAAUUGAGAGAAAUGGCUCCAGGUAGACGAUGUGUCUGUAUUUAACUGAUACUUUGUCUUGUUGCAAAUGUUGAAUAAAUAGUUUCGCAAUGA